AUGAUUAGUAAAAGAGACAUCAAUAUUUUUUUACCACCUAUGAUAUGUAAUAAUCUACGGGAAAAAAUCAAAGAUGGUGCGAUUGAUGAUAUGGACAACUUAGUACUGAAUCAAGACAAACGAAACGGAAGGAUUUGGAAAAUGAGCCUAGGAAAUAAAAUCACAAAUAUCAGUCCCAGUUCUAUACGUCCAUUAUCAAUAACUUGGUUUCCUGAUCAACUUUAUUUUGCUAUUAACAAAAAGAAACUCACUAAGAAGUUAAGGGUCUUGAAUGCUUGCUCAAAUACCGUUUAUAUACACUGCUGUGGGUUAUGGAACGAGAAGGCAAGACUGGGAGCAAGUUGGAAUUGCCAUCCCCGCACUAGAAUUCGUUUAGCGCCAGGAUUAAUGGGCGAAAUAACAGUUCAAAUUACACCUCGUGAAAUUAGUCCCGUUCAAUUUACCUGUGCUGUUCUGCAAUUAGCUGCAUCGCAUCUACGGGAAAACGUAACAGGAUAUUUCGCUGUUCCCAUUGAAGUUUCAUUCUUGAACAGUGUGAUGCCGUCUUUAGCCGGCGAAGAAUCAUAG